ACCUCUCGCGAGGCUUGGGCGAGAGCGGAAGCUAGAGAGCCAUGCACUUCGAUCAUACAAGGGGUUCUCCGCCUUCAAGCUUCCUGGUUUAGUUUUUAUUACCGCAGUGUACGUCGGUGUGCUGUGAAUUAGAACUCGUCGUGGUGUUUGAAAGGAAAUGUAAAUGCCCUACAAGCUAGAACACAAUGGGUGUGUGUUUUGGAAAAGAUGACAAACCAGCACAGCCACCAUCUGCAGCAGACUUGAAUGGCUCUGCAUCUAUAGGGAGAUCACUUUCACCUGUCUCCAGCCCCAGACAGGUUGAGCUCACCAUUCGACCUUUGCCCUCACCACCACCUAAGCCAGAAGCUCUCCUUGUUCGGGCCCUCUAUGACUUUGAUGGCAUCAAUGAAGAUGAUCUGUCUUUCAAAAAGGGAGAUCGGUUGGAGGUGGAUGAAUCAACACAAAAUCUUGACUGGUGGGUGGCAACACACUUAAGAACAGGACAGAAAGGCUACAUUCCCAGUAACUAUGUCUGCACUGAUGACAACUCCCCACAGGCACAAGACUGGUGGUUUGAAUUUGACCGUAAAGAGGCAGACAAAAUGUUGCUUCUACCUGGUAAUGCUUUGGGGACAUUCCUUGUACGAGAAUCACAAGGUGGGAAAUCAUCAUAUGUGUUAUCUGUCAGAGAUGUUGACAAACAGAAUGGGGAGCCAUGUGUGAAACAUUAUCGUGUUCGAAGAAUGGACAAUGGAGGCUUCUACAUUAGUCCAAAACGAAUUUUCAGUUCCAUUUUUGAUGUCAUUGACCAUUACAUGGUGAAUGCUGAUGGACUGUGCACAAAACUGGUGAAGGCUUGUCCACGCAUUCGUCCUGUGGUGCAGUUCCGUGAUCUUGAAGUUAGCAGAGAUGCCGUUAAGCUGAUGUCUAAACUGGGAGCAGGCUGUUUUGGCGAAGUUUGGAAAGGUAAACUCCGGAAUGUAGUAGAUGUUGCUGUGAAAACUUUGAAGUCAGGCACUAUGUCACCCGAGGCUUUCUUGGAGGAGGCCAAAAUAAUGCAUCGUCUGCGACAUAAAAGACUGGUGCAGAUAAUGGCGGUGUGCUCUCAGCAGGAGCCUAUCUGGAUCAUUACAGAGCUGAUGGUCAAUGGAGCCCUCCUGGAUUUUCUGCGCAAGGAUGAAGGAAGGCUAGCAAAGUUUCCUGUCAUCGUAGAAAUGGCAUCACAGAUAGCAGAAGCAAUGGCCUACCUGGAAACAGAAAACUUUGUGCACAGAGAUUUAAGAGCAGCGAACAUUCUUGUGGGUGAGCAUCACGAUGUGAAGGUUGCUGACUUUGGACUGGCACGUAUUCUACAGGAUGAAAACAUAUACGAAGCUACAGAGAAUACCAAGUUUCCUAUAAAGUGGACUGCACCAGAGGCAGCCCUUGAGCGCAAGUUCAGUAUCAAAUCUGAUGUGUGGUCCUUUGGCGUUCUACUGUAUGAAUUGAUUUCAUAUGGACGUGUGCCAUACCCUGGCAUGUCUGGUUCUGAAGUGCUCAGCAAAGUUGACAAGGGUUACCGCAUGCCAAAGCCAGCAGGUGGCGCUGGCUGCUCUGAUUCUUUCUAUGAGAUAAUGUGCAAGUGCUGGACACGCAACCCUGAGCAGCGACCAACUUUUGCAUAUCUUCACAGCUUCUUUGAUGAUUACUUUAUCAACAUUGAGCCCAACUAUCAAGGGCCAGAUGAUUAGUGGGUCUCAACAAUGAGCCUAUCCAGGACUGUAUGUGCCAAUGAUGAACUUAAUUAUGAAGGACUAGAUGAAUGAUGUGUCAGCAUCAAGCCUAACUGUCAAAGGCAAGUGAUUUUUUUCAGUGUUGGGCUUAAUCGCAAAAGCCUAGAGAUGUGAUCUGUUGAUUUUGACCAUCUCAAGGGCAGGACCAAGUGCCUAAUUAUUGGACAUGAUUUUUCACAUGCCUUUGAAGGCUUCAAGUUGUUGUUUAUCAGCAAUAUGCGUCAUAAUCUCAGCAAAAACUUGAGCACAAGUGUGAAUUGUUUUGCAUGAUUAUAAGAAACCGAUCUGUCAUUUGUAUUUUGAAAGAAGUGAUUGCAAACUAGAGAUGGACAGAAGAGGGGCAGGGAGAGAAAGGGAGUGUUUGAGAGAGUGUAAGGAGGGGUGAAGGGUUCCAUUGAGGGGAGCAUGGAAGCAUAUUGUUGAUAUGUUCAGAAAGGAAAUUUUGAUAGUUCUCAUCAUUGGUAGGUAGCUCUAAACAUUGAAGCCCAACUUGCAGGCAAGUAAAUUAACAACCAACCAACCUGAGGGUGUAAGAACAGUGGGAAGUUUUGAAAGGUUGUAAAUGUUUGUGUCAUUGACACAUUUUAAACUGUGUAUUAUGUUUCUUCUUAAUCACUGUGAACCUGCAAAACAAAUCUGGAAACAGAUUGUUCAUAAUUUUUUUUUUAGUUAAAAAAUGAGCAAUUGUUGAUUGAGAGAAAACAAGAAUAGUGGUUUGCGUUGUCAAUACAUUAAAAAAAAUUGCUUUCAAAGGAAAUACUUAACUUUGUUAAUCACCUUAUUUUUUUGUGUAAUUUGUAUCUGUUCUUUCUGUGUGCCUGGAAGUUAUUAGAAAAGGAAUUAACCAGGAAGAAGCAGAUGCCAGGAUGCUUGUUUUUUUUAAACUGCUUUGUGUUUUCUUUUUAUGCUCAGUAUUUUUGACUGAGAUAAUAUGAAUCUUAGUGGUAAGGCAUGUGGUUAAUUAACUGGUCUCACUUUUGUAAUACAUUUUGUCAAUACAAGAAUAUAAGAAUAUUGCUAGAUGCAGCAGGAAUUUUUCUGUUCUGGUAAUAGUUUCCAAUAAAGUCUUCAAAGUGAACAGUUAAUGUAAGUGUUUUGCCAUAGCUACAACCUUAAAAAAUGCUAUUGGUGAAAGCACAGUUCACAGAAACAUUGACAAGGUUUUGUAGUAAACAGUUACCUCCCUUCUCUUGACAUCCUCACACGAGUGUCUACAGCUAAAGAAUAAUCAAAUCCAAGUGUUGCUACCUUAUGUUUCUGGUCAUGAGCUCAAUGUUUACACCUGUUGGUUGAUGGGUAAAUUGCAGCCAUGGCAACAUGUUCCUGGAGUCUUAGAGAGGGGAUCAUUCACUAAUCAUGAACUGCUGACACACAGCUACACCAUAUUUUAACCAAAGACCUUUGUCUCACAAAAUUCUUUGAUAAAAAGUAUGAGGAACAACCUAGUAUGAGCUUUAAAUCUCUCAGCUCAUUUGUCAAGUUCAAAAACUUUAAUGCAAAUGCUGCUGCUUCAUAUGUUUCAAUACCUCAUAAUAAUUUUGUAUUGUAAAAACAUUCUCAAUUGCAAAGGAAAGUGGAAUUGUCAUCCUGUCAUCUGUAAUGGUCAUUUUUGAUUGUGAUCAGUUGAUUUAUAUUUGUACAUUUCCUGUUGAAGAAACAUAUGCUAAAAUCCAAGUUUUUAUUAUGUGAUAGCUGAAUAUAAUACAAAACAAUGCUGUUGACUGAGAAUUUAUAAAUGGAAAUAGUUACUUUACCCUGUAGGAUCACUUUAAAGGUGAAGUGUAACCCAGAAACUAAUCUACUGAAUAUUGGAAGAAAAAGGAAACAAAGAUAACAAUCAAAAGUUUUUAUUAAUUUGGAAUGUGUAUGUAGAUAUACAUAUAUUUUCUUGUUUGGGGUGGGGGUGGGGAAAGAGAGUGUGCAUGUGGAGAUAAGAGGAGAGUCUAUGAUUGAGUAAAUCAUCCUGUCUGCAUGUGCAUGCAUACUUGUGUGAAUUUGCAAGGACGUUCAAUCCUCCCGAUAUUCUAAGGACCAGUUUUUGCUUAGUUUGAGUAUGUUAUUCUCAUCAUCAGUGAAUGAACAUUUAAACAGAAUUCUUUUUUUUUCCCCGUUGAAGUUUAUCUUAAAGUUCCUGAUAGUUUGUAUCACCUAUGAUAAAGUGGAAAUGGAAAGACAAAAAAGUAAAAGGGAUGUGUCAGUGGCCCAGAAGACGUAACUAAAGCUGUUUAUAAGGAGUUUAUUAAGCUGGAACCAGAUUGCUGGAAAUGUUUAGGCUUCUCGAGGUUGCUGUUAGAAAAUGAUCCAGAGCACCUGGAGCAGAGAUUCGCGACAGCUUUAUAUACAUAAAUAAUUAGAUAAAAAUUAUGUAUGAUGAGAAUUUUGUGUUUGUGCAAUGCAUAAAUAAUGUGUCUAAUGUGCUAAAACAAUAGUCAGUUGUUGCCGAAGUGCCACCUCCCCUCACGCACUUAUACCUGUAAAAUGAGGUGUAGAGCAAGUGAACAUUUCUAAGAUACGGAUGCUGUCAUUUUGAGUGUUAUGAACCUGCUGAGUGAUUAGGGUAUCAAGUGCUCCUUGUAUAUAAAUACAAACUAAAUAACUCAGAUUGGUAUCUGUGUACAUGUUUAUGUGCAUGUGUAUCAGUCUCCUUUAACGAGACAUUCCAGUAUUCAUAGUUUGUGUAUUAGCAGAUUUUGUUUCCAGUGGUGUUAGUGCCAGUAAAUAUCUUCUUACUGAGAAAUUGCCAAAUAGUUAUGGAUCAAAUUAUAUGCAGGGUAUGUUGAGGCAUAAAAGAAUCACUUAUUUUUGUAAUUUUUUUGUAAGCAUGUUGAUGAACAACCCUGAAUAUGUCAACAAAUUCUGCAUUUAUGCUACAACCAGUUGUAUGGGUCUAGCUGGUAACUGCCCAUGAUAUCUAGGUUGCAGUUUAUAGUUGAAAUGCUUCUGAGGAGUAACUUUACAUAUGACCUGAUAGAGGGAUUUUCUAGGUAUGCUGGCAUGGUUAUUAUUAUUACCUGUACAGAGGGAAUGGGGUGAAAAUGGGACAUUCCAGACUUUGAAUAAGGUUGUGAGUUUUUAAUCUACAUGCAGCAAAUAGAAAUUCCCGAUUCUUCCUAUUGCUACAAAUAUUUAUUCUCUUACAUUUGUAUCUCUUGAGUGGAUUCAUGGUAGUCUUAUACCAUUGUCCACAGUUCCGUGACAGAAAAGUUUUGAGAUGAUACAACACAUGGAGAAGAGCAAAUAAUGUCCAGGUGUAAACAGUGAAUGUGAGUAGCUGAGAUGGAUGCAGGGGAGUCAGCCAUCUUGACUUCAGCUGUUAACAUAAGUCUUGGACUACAACUCCUAACAAAAAACCAAAACAUUCCCAUCUUCUGUUUAGGUCUCAGAACCUCAGCUGCUGAACAAAACUGGCAGCUGGCAAAAUGCAAAACAUUUAUAUUUUGUGCAAAGCACAAAAUGUUUUUGUAUAUUUUAUAUGUCAUUACAGCAAUGCAACUAUUUUGUUAUUAGGCAGGACCUUCAAAAAUCAACUGUGCCUUUCACUAUAUACUUGCUGCAGAUGAUUUUUUUAACAACAAAUGUAUAUGAAUAUAAUCUUUGUUUAUAAUUUUACAUGUUUUCUAUAACUUUAGCUUUACAAGAUAUGAUGCAUAAACCUCAUUGUGUCAAUGUGAACAGUGUGAAAGUACUAAUAAGGUGACGCAAGCACAUCUGACAGCUGCCCGUUGGAAUCCAGAAAGAUAAUUGUUCUGAGGAUGAUUGAAAUCUAUGUGAUGCUUUGCUAUUCCAGGAAGCAGUAGCUGUCUUGUAGCGAUGCAAGAAUGAAAGAGACAAAGGACUGAUUGAACAGGACAUAAGGCUGAAUAUAAAAGAUUUACCCUCCACCUCCCAUUCUUGUGACUUCCACCCUCUUACCUCUAGACUGGUUGCCUUUUUUCAGAAAUGGCCAGAAACUGCAGGAAUGAGAAACUGGUCUUAAUGAGAAAAGCUCAUCCUUGGAUGCAGUAGUUUUCUGCUAGAGAACACUAUCUUCAAGGCUUUGGACUCCUUGUUUCAGUUACCCAACCUCCAGUCUUCAUCUCUCCGUUUCUUACAUGCCGCAUUUUAUGAGCACCUUUUGUCAAAAAUAGAGUAGAUUUUUUUUGUUCAAGUUUUAAUGGGCACUGUUAGUCAUCAUAUUAUGAAAUCAUCCAGUUUCUUUAGAAAUUGACAUUUGAAACAACUUUGAUGUUUAUAUGUUUCAGAAAGAACCAGAAAAAGUAUUUCCUUUUCUCCUUUCUCUGAAGUUUGAUGGUGUUGUUGCAGGGUACAUGUGACACUUUGUGUGGGGUGUACCCUACUCAGCUGUUUGAUUGCAACUAAAUGUUGCUUUACUCAAUGCAUUUGUUGACCUCGGGGUCAUUGCAAUGAGAGUGGAGUCAUGCACCCAGAUAGCAUUUAAACAUUUUAUAAACGUUUACAAAUGGUAAACCCUUUGUAAACAUCUAAAUAUAUUUAAAUGCUAACAGGGUAGUUGCAGGAGCAACAGCCUAGACUGGCAUUACACAAAAAAGCAAAUGAAGCCAAAGUGUCAGAAAAUAACAUAAAUUGGAUUACUGGGAUUUUUAUUUGAACAAAACCUUUCUUUUGAAGCUGAGCAAAGUGCAGUCCGGUUAAGCAUUCCUUUUGACUGGGCAGUGGAAUAACUUUUCUCUGCUGUACCACUUCUUUUUCUCUAUGUUCAGAAUAUUUUUUUUAUUAAAAAAAAGACCAUUUACACAGGGCAAUGCAUGUAUCUAUGACACUUGUUUUUCCAAUGAAUUUUGCAAUGAAAGUGUCCUUACUGCAUUAAUUGUAAUGAAUUAUAUGUGCACAUUCGUAUUUAAUGUUCAUGUUCAUCCCACUGCAUGUAAACAGUCAUUCCAGCAAUUAAAGGUUUUACUUCGCAUUA